UGACGUUGCGCAGGGCGACACGGCGGGCAAAGUAAAGAUGGCGGACCAGUCGGGGACCGAGCUGUCAGAGGAGAAAGAAGCCGAAAUUGAGCUGAAGAAAAGGCAAAAAAGACCAUGGGAGGGCUUGCACAAGUCGGGUAAAAUCGGCAUAACCCCGGAACUGCCAGAAACCCUGGGAUUUUACGACAUAAGCGCUGUCAGGAGGGAGCAACGGGAGCUGUCAGCAGAUCCAUCGUUGACGCGCUUCAUUUGCACCGAGCUCACCAGAGGUUACUUCCUGGAGCACAAUGAGGCAAAGUACACUGAACGAAGGGAGAGAGUUUACACAUGCAUGCGUAUUCCCAAGGAACUCGAGAAGCUGAUGAUCUUCGGCUUCUUCCUGUGUGUGGAUGCCUUUCUGUACGUCUUCACCCUACUGCCCCUCAGGGUGCUGCUGGCCCUUCUCCGGCUCUUCACUCUGCCUUGCUGUGGCUUCAGGGCACGCACAUGCCCCUACUGCAGAAGAAGCAGUGGGUCGCGGCUUCUGCAGCCAGCGCAGGUGUGUGACAUGCUGAGAGGCCUGAUCCUGGUGCUCUGCUUCUCCAUGAUGCAUUAUGUGGAUUACUCCAUGAUGUACCACCUGAUCAGAGGACAGUCCGUCAUCAAACUCUACAUCAUCUACAACAUGCUCGAGGUUGCAGACCGUCUCUUCUCUUCUUUUGGGCAAGACAUCCUGGAUGCUCUGUACUGGACAGCCACAGAACCCAAAGAACGGAAAAGAGAUAAUAUUGGAGUCAUCCCUCACUUUUUCAUGGCCGUCUUUUAUGUCUUCCUUCAUGCUAUCCUCAUCAUGGUCCAAGCCUCUACCCUGAAUGUCGCUUUUAAUUCUCACAACAAGUCCCUGCUCACCAUCAUGAUGUCCAACAAUUUUGUGGAAAUCAAAGGAAGUGUGUUCAAGAAAUUUGAGAAGAACAAUUUAUUCCAAAUGUCCAACAGUGAUAUCAAAGAACGGUUCACCAGCUAUGUCCUUCUACUCAUCGUUUGUCUCAGGAAUAUGGAGCAGUUCUCCUGGAACCCCGAUCACCUUUGGGUGUUGUUCCCUGACGUUUUUAUGGUUGUCACCUCUGAAGUUGCAGUUGAUGUCAUCAAACAUGCCUUUAUCACAAAAUUCAAUGACAUCACUGCAGAUGUGUACAGUGAAUAUAGAGCCAGUUUGGCUUUUGAUCUCGUCAGCAGUCGGCAGAAGAAUGCUUGUACUGACUACAGUGACUCAGUGGCCCGGAGGAUGGGCUUCAUCCCCCUGCCAUUGGCUGUUCUGCUCAUCAGAGUGGUGAUGAGUUCAGUGAGGUUGCAGGGAGCACUAUCAUACACCUGUGUACUCCUCUUUUAUCUUGGACUGGUAACACUGAAAGUGUUGAACAGUAUUGUACUCCUGGGGAAAUCAUGUGUCUAUGUCAAGAGAGCCAAAAUGGAGGACAAACUGUUUGAGAGGCCCUCGACUGCACCAUCCUCCUCUGCCAAGAGCCCUAGCAAAGCUGACCCAGCCAGGUGCCGCUCACCUUCAGGUGAAUCUAAGGUGGUGCAGAUCCCUGCCACUCCCUGCAGCCCAACAUCCUCUCCCAUCUCAUCUGUGACCACUCAGCCUGUCCCUAGGACUGAUUUGUUUCCUCCACCAUUUACCUAUGCCUCACCUGCUAAACCAGCUAGCCGUCCACCUAGUCCACCACCUGAUGCUGAUGCUGAUGCUGAACAACUUCCAUCCAUGCUCUUAAAGGAAGAUGACGAGGAUGAGGAAGAGGAGGAGGAGGCACAGCUGCCCUCUGAAACAAAGCACAAGACCUCCAAAAAAGACCUCCUUGAGAUUGACCGAUUCACAAUCUGUGGAAACCGCAUUGACUGAUCAGCCUCCAAGCAGCCACUGAUGUAGCGACUAAUCACUCAGGAAAGACAGAGACCAAUGGCCUCCCAGCCUGGCUCUCCUGGCCAACAGCAGCAGAAAGCUGAGUACUUAUAAAAGUCAGUGACGUUACAGUAAAUUAUUGUAAAAAAAAAAAAAAAAAAAAAAAAAAAAGUCAGACAAUCCUGCUGUUGUUGAAAGCUGAAGUCGAGAAGUUUCACAGGGAAAACUUCACCUGGCUGAUAAAACAGAAGGAGACAGAAAGUGAGAGUGUUGCAGCCGAGUCGUCAGGAUGAACUGGCAUAUGUCAGAGCGCGUGUGUGCGCGUGAUUUAGGAUCAGGGUUGGGGUGCGAGAGUGUGUGCGAGUGAGCAUAUGUGUAAGUGUGAAGGCACUCUAGCACUUCCUGUAUGAGCAGCAGUGGGACCAGAAGGAGAGAAGUUUCUCAGUUCGCUCAGCAGCCAGAAAAAACUUCCAAACUCUGACAUCAAAAGUGACACUUGAAUGAUGAGAAUUUGCUUUUUUCCACCAGAAAACAAGUGUUGGGGUUUAUUUUAAGUACUAAGUACUAAACAUUCAGCAUAUAAAAUUUUGCAAGAAAACAAAAACAGAGGUUAUUUAAAACAUCUGAGCUAAGAAAUGUAGCUCUGUUAUUAUGUGGCAGUUUGCAACCCAAAGAUCGCAAAAUUCUUAUCUCUUUUUUACAUUGUGGUUGUCUAGAAAAUAUUCAGAUGAAUUUAAAAAGCAGAGCAGAAAAAACUGUAGUCAAAACUGAAUAAUGAAGGGUUUUUAAUCAGACAUUGUUUUGAUUUAAGGUUAGGAAACAUGGCUCUGAAUGGUCACACACUGUUGAUAUUGGAGAUCUGUUGAUUAAAGUCCAUACCUCAGUGAAGCUGGUUCAAAUUUUUCAAUCCAGUAUGAAUUACAGGUGUUACAAACACAACUAAAAACAGUGAUUAUUUUUUUAGAUUAGAGCCUUAAAAAAUUCAUUUGCGCCUUUGCCAACUCAACAGCCUUUCAUUAAAUGACCCAGUCAGCAUACAGUAUUAGCCAAAGCAGUUAAUGACUGCUGACUCUAAAUCUGCUGCAUCUACCACCUACUUACAUAGCCAGUCAUAGAGCAGAAGUCCAUUUAAAAUUAUGGAAAAAGUGCAUUUGUAUGUCAUAGCCCAUUAUAAUCUUGAUUUUCCAAUCACUUAGUUUAAUCCAGUUUACAUGCAGCUAUCUGUUAAAUGGACAUAAUCAAUGGGAAGAGUUAUCAUUUGGUGGGGCGCCUCAAAUUAGAGCAUACUUUUUUUGAUGAAUGGUAUUUAAUCUUUAGUUACUUUUGAAUGCACUGAUGGGCCGUAUUCCCUUUAAAUACGGUCAUGUUUCUCAUUCAACUCUAGUGAUGCUCUAAUGUUUACAUCUUAGGAUAAUAGAAGCAAUAUUUACACAACAAAAUGCCUUUUUUGCAUGUGUGUUUUAAGACGUAUUUUGUUGACUGACCUUGCAGAGUUGUUCGCUAUGAUUCUUUUUUUUUUUUUUUUUUUUUUUGUAAAUUGUGUGAAUAAUCUAAAAGGAGAAACACCUUAAAGAGACCAGGAAUGUCAUCAAGUUUUCAUUUGACACCCAUUUGUGUAAUUUACUUUAAACAUAAUACAAUUUUUGUAACUUUAUUAGAAGUUUAUGAUUCAAAUUCGUGCCAAAUCUUUCAGUCACUUUUGUUUCAUCUGAUCUGAAUUGUAAAAUUACGGCGAUAUAUCACUGAGCACUUUCUUGUUUCCUCCAUGUUUACAAAGUUGAUCUUAGCAUUUUGAUUGAGGUAUUUCACAGCAGCUAAUCAAAAAUGGCAGAGUUAGACAAACCCUUCACUCACACUAAUUAUUUUAUAAUCAUCAGAUUAAAAACUCAGGUCACUUGUGUUCACGUUCCACUUUCUGACGCACUCUGCCCAUCACUUCUUUUAUUUGGGGAUGUAAAAACAAGUACUUUUUUGGUUGUAAAAUACUUAACAGUGAUAUAUUUAA